AAGCAGCUCAAUCUGUUAAAGACGCCAUUUUUAUCUCCAACCCACCCCUGAGUUGUUCCCCAAAACUCUCACGUUUCGCCCGUUUUCAUCUCAAAAGUCCCAUCUUUUUGUACAAACCCUCGCAUUCCGUUUCUGUUUGAUCCAUUUUACCUAUGCUAAGCGAUUGCUGCAUCACCGAAUCAUUCGAAUCUUGGGAUAUCUAGGGUUUUUUUUGGCUCCGAUUGGGACGCGGGCGGGCAUGAAUAAUCCGAUUUUGGGCGGUCCCUUGCUCCCAGGAUCUGCUGCCGGGUUCGACUCCUCCGUCAAUCAGCUCCACCCCCACUUCCGCUCGAUCGCCGCCGCUGCGCCGUCAACCGCCGGCCUGGACCCUGACCACCAGAUAGGCUCGCUCUUCGCCCCCUCCUCUGGGACCACCGCCACUAGCGACGACGAGGACCACUUCCCGGCUCCCGCUGGCGACGAGAAUGACCAUGAGUCCCACUCCUUGCCCGCUUCCGAAGCCGGCGGGAGCAAAAAAGCCUCGCCUUGGCAGCGUAUGAAGUGGACCGACGAGAUUGUGCGGCUGCUGAUCUCGGUGGUGGCAUAUGUUGGGGAUCAUGAUGACGGUGCUCUGGAAACCUUUGACGGGUCGUCAGCAGCAAAAAGGAAGCACGGGGCCACGCUCCAGAAGAAGGGCAAGUGGAAGACUGUGUCGAGGUUGAUGCUCGAGAAAGGUUGCUAUGUCUCGCCCCAGCAGUGCGAAGACAAGUUCAAUGAUCUCAACAAGAGAUACAAGCGUCUGAAUGAGAUCCUUGGACGAGGGACGACCUGUCAAGUUGUCGAGAACCCCCUCCUUCUGGAUUCGAUGCACCACAUCUCUCCAAAGGCUAAGGACGAUGUCUGUCCAGUCCCAAAACUCGCCCCUCCCAGUAGUCUUAUGGAGGAUGAAGAGGAAGACGAGGAUGAGGGCAAUGACAUUGGGGAUCAUGAUGAGUGGAGCUAUGAACUGGGGAAAAAGGGCUAUGAGAGCUUCAGGGUUGAGAUAGAUGGAGUACUUCGGGACACAACAAAGUCACCAUGGGAGCAGUGGGAGUGGUUUAAAAGACGUGCAUUGCAGCUCGAAGAAGAGAGGGUGGAUGUUGAGGCUGAGGCAUUGGAACUGGAGAAGCGACACUUCAAGUGGCAGAGGUUCCGGAGCAAGAAGGAUUGGGAGCUUGAGAGGUUGAGGCUGGAGAAUGACAGAUUGAGAUUGGAGAACGAGUGCAUGAUAUUACAGGUGAGGCAGAAGGAACUGGAACUGGAUAUCAGAUGGUCUAGAGACCCACUGGAUUCUAGUGGUCGAAGGAUGGAGGGGGAGCAGGUAAGAGAUCCAAUGGAGUUAGUGAUGUUAUAGUAAGAUAUUGUCCUCUUUUUUAACUGUUUGUGUUAGUAGAGAGUGUUGUCUUUUUUAGUUUUGCAUGUUGCCUUUUGUAGUUAGGAAGGUACUAUCUGUAGGUCUUAUUUCCUAUAACUGCUGAAGUAUGCCCGCAAACUGAUUCACUUUUACUGGCUGACCAUGUACUUCAAUUCUUGAGGUGUAGCAAAAAUCCUGUAAAAGUGAGGAUCACCUGCUAUAUGAAUUAUGUACCUUUUGUUGGUUGGAGGCAGGAUAAUAUUUUCGCAUGCUAAGCACGGUGUAACCAGCAUUUAUAUGCAAGGGACAUGAUAUGUAUAGCUUAAUCAUCUGUCGGAUAUAAUUAUCAUAUUGUACUUAUUUUAAAAUGUAGCCUGACUUAAAUAAAAUUCUGAUAUAAAAUCUGCUCUUUGUUCUA